ACGGGUGGGCGGGCAACGCGCAAGCGCACGGAGGACGAGCCACGGCAGCUUAGGUAGCCUCAGGUGAGGAGGGCGGGGUGCAACUGCAGGGCUCCGGCUUGGAGCUGAAGACUCACUCGGUGUGGUAGGUUCCAGACAGGAAUCGAGACGGAAGCUUCAGUUUCGGGAAGCGCUGUGGGACUGAUCCUGUUCUGUCCACAGAGCGGGAUGCGGUGACGCUUCUAAAGAAUCAUGGCAGCGGCUGACGAUCUGGCCUUCCACGAGUUCCAGGAAGCCACAAAUCUUCUGGCAGAGACCCCAGAUGCAGCCACCACUAGCCAAAGUGAUAAGUUGACCUCACGGGAGCACGUGGCUGUGGUUGUGGGAGAAGGUGUUGGCUAUGGAGCUGAAGAGGAGGAGGAAGAGGGUGACAAGACAUCACUUCUACAGGAAGAAAAGCCGCAGCCCAGAUUCUGGACAUUUGACUACUAUCAGAGCUUUUUUGAUGUGGACACCUCCCAGGUCUUGGACCGGAUCAAAGGCUCGCUGCUGCCCCACCCUGGCCACAACUUUGUGAGGCACCGUCUUAGAAAUCGGCCUGACCUAUAUGGCCCCUUCUGGAUCUGUGCUACUCUGGCCUUCGUCCUGGCGGUUACUGGCAACCUCACCUUGGUGCUAGCACAGAGACGGGACCCCUCCAUCCACUACAGCCCCCAGUUCCACAAGGUGACUGUAGCAGGAAUCACCAUCUACUGCUAUGCGUGGCUAGUUCCACUGGCACUGUGGGGCUUCCUCCGGUGGCGCCAGGGCACGAGGGAGCGCAUGGGGCUAUACACCUUCCUGGAGACUGUUUGCGUCUAUGGCUAUUCACUCUUUGUCUUCAUCCCCACUGUGGUCCUGUGGCUUAUACCAGUGCAGUGGCUGCAGUGGCUCUUUGGAGCCCUGGCCCUGGCCCUGUCAGCUGCUGGGCUGGUGUUCACACUGUGGCCUGUUGUCCGAGAGGAUACAAGGCUGGUGGCUGCGGCACUGUUGUCUGCUGUGGUGCUGCUUCAUGCCCUCUUGGCUCUAGGCUGUAAGCUGUACUUCUUCCAGCCACUGCCUCUUCAAGACCACGUGGUACCAGCACCCCAAGCCACACCUCUAUCUCCCAAAGACCUGCUGUCUACCCCAGCCCGGCCCUUGACAACCUAGGAAGGCCAGGUCCACAGGCCAAGUGCAAGGGGGAUACUCCCUGUCCUGCCCUCUUUGUGAAGACUGGAGGAUUUGGAUCCUGAAGACCACCCUGCUAUUUUGCAGGCUUUUCUUACAAAGCAAACACUUUUAUUUUCUAUGCAAAGGUGAUCCAGAGAAUUUAUAUAAAGGUGGGGAGGGGCAGCUGAGCAGGGAGUAUUACUGAUAGACAGGAGAGAGCCCCGUUUUCCCAGCUGCUUGUGGGUCCUCUGUUUCCCUGACAGGUCAGGAGGGUGGCACAGAGCAGCUCCAGCCAUUGCCAGGGGUACCUGUGGUGGGCAUCGACCAAGCCUGAGCUCUGGCCACUGAGGUGGGGACUCUAGGGAAGGGAACAGGGGAGAAGUUGCCUGUGCUUAGUCACCCUUCCUUCCUUGUUUGCUUUUCCUUUCUGUCUGGAGUGAGAUGUCCCUGCCAGACCCCUUCCCAGAGAGUAGGAAGUGGAGUAUGAAUG